ACGUCACACCACUGAAGCUAAAGAUGCUUCAACUGCCGUUUCACUGUGACUUCAACAUUAAGUUGUACUCUGUGGCAAACUUUGGCCACACCUAGAUCCUGUCCCAUUUCCACACAAAAAAAAAAAAAAACACACACACAAAAAAAGCCUUUUUUUUCCUCCUUUCUGGUGCGUUUGUUUGUGUGACGGCGAGUCCCGGCGGUGUAACCGGAGAGGGGCCUCAGAGAGGGAAUGCAGGACUGCAAUGGAGCACAAUGCAAUACAGUGGUUGGGUGCCCCCUCCUGCCAGCGAGGCAGCUACGCCUUCUAUAAGUCGGUGAGCAGCAGAGCUCAACCCGACGGGCCCGUCCAGGUGUGGAAGCUCGGGGAGUUUUACUUCAUCCGCUGUGGGCCGCAGGAUCCCGUGUGCAUCGCAGAGGUGACCUUACUAUGGGAGGACAAAACACAGCGCCACCUGCUGGCCAGCGCCAGGCUCUACUUCCUUCCUGAGGACACGCCGAAGGGCCGGACUCGGGAGCAUGGAGAGGAUGAAGUUUUGGCAGUGUCCAGGAAGAUGGUGUUGCGGGUGGAGGACCUGGUGCGAUGGGCGUGUGCGGAGCCGGCCGCGUGGAACAGCAGCCUGAAGCCGCUGCCCAGCAACACCAACGGCCUCCACAAACCUCUACAGAGCAGCGAGCCGCUCAAAGACAAAACUGACAACGACCUGGCGGAGCGGCAGGGCAUCAAAAUUCUCAGCUACCCGCAGUACUGCCGCUUUCGCUCCCUGCAGAGACGCCUCCAGGAUGGAGCGAGGGGCCCGGGGCUGCAGGACCCCCACCUGCUGGCCCUGGGAGGCGUCAAGGCGCUGCCCAACACCCGGCUGAUGUACUGCAGGGACACCUUCAACCACCCGACGCUGGAGAACAGCACCAACUUCUCCUGGCAGUUCAGAUGUCCGUCUCUCAGUCUUCGAGGGCGACCUCGCAAGAGGAAAGGCCGAGACGGUAAAGACUCCCCAAACUCCAGCCAAUCAGAGUCCUGGAUCGAGCGGAUGAAGGAGAACGUGAUGGGCAGUGUGGAGGUCGGCUGUGAGGGCAGCUGGCUCCCCCACCCUGAAGAGCAGCUGUUCCUGGAUCAGCUCUUUGCCUACAUGGAGCGCCUCGGCUCGCCCAUCCACAAAGUCCCCAACCUCGGCUUCAAGAAGAUUGACCUCUUCCUCAUGUACUCUGUGGUCAAGCGGCUCGGAGGCUACAAAAAGGUGACAUUGGACCGUCUCUGGAAAAUAGUUUAUAACGAGCUGGGAGGAUGCCCCGGCAGCACCAGUGCUGCUACCUGCACCAGGAGACACUACGAGAGGCUUAUGCUUCCUUAUGAAGAGCACCUCAGAGCAGGAGGAGCCGAAUUCAAAAUCCCAGAAUCCCCCAUGCCUCCGAAACCCAGAGGGAUAAGAGGAAGGAAACCACUUCAGAGGGGCAGAAAACCAGGACCCAAAGCCAAGGACAAGAAGUUGACAGCCCCUGCUGCUCCUCCUCGUACUAUCGUGAACCCGAACGGCACCGUGGUGGUGAAGAGAGGCCGAGGCCGGCCGCCGGGCACGCGCAACAAGGCCACGCUGAUCGCUCAGGCCAAGCUGAUGGCCCAGCAGCAGGCGAAAGCCAGAGCAGCGGGCGAGUCGCAGCUGCAGAGUCCUCUGCUUCCAGUCCGAGUCGGAGGUGGACCACUCCCCAGCAGCACACCCAGGCCCAUCCAGCCGGCUAUCCUUCCUGUCAACAUGCCCCUCACCCCCGACCUCUCCCCCAUGUCCGCCCCCUUCCUCCCCUUCCAGCCCAAACCGAAGGAGCUGAAGCCGGACAGAGGGGAGUCUGUGGCUCACGCUCCGGGCGUGCUCCUCUCCACUCUGCCUCGCCACUUCGUCGGAGGAUCUCUGGGCGGCUUCAGCCCAAUCAAAGGCGUCUGUCCUCUGGAUGUCUUCAGGAACCGCAUCAGCCUCCAGAGAGGUCCGGAGAGCCCGGCCCUGACGCCCCAGGACCCGGCCCAGCACCAUCCGACCAUCUACACCCUCCAGCCCAAAAUUGGAAGCCCGGAUACGUCUCACCCCAGCGGGGACCAGCUUCAGCCUCAGCUCCACCAGCAGCACAACCACUGCUCCGGGUGUAACGUGGACGAGGCGGCCCAGAGAGGAGGCAGUCGGGACGCCAGGAACCGGCCUCCAUUGCCCCCUCUCCGGGUCCUGCCUUUGAACCUGGACUGCAGCGUUCAGGUGUGCCAGCUGAUGAGGACUCGUCUGGGCUCGUCCCAGUUCCAGACCUUCACUCGCCGACUGUCUGAGGCUCUGUCCCAGGACCUGAGCCCCAAGCCCCCCUGCUCUCCCAUCACCCCUCCCCCGGAGCAGGCGCUGCCUCUCAACCUCAGCAAGCGUUUCGCGGCCAAGAGACCCAGCACAGAGGGGCCAGAGGCGGGCCUGGCAGCGAUCAACGGGAACACGGAUCAACCGCCAUCCAAGAGACCCAGACCCGGCUGCACGGAGCAGGCCGAGGACUUGGGCCCGAGCGGCCGGCCCAGCUCCGCAGGAAGCGAAGGAGGAGAAGAGCAGGAUGUGGAGAUGAAGAACCAGGAGGAACCCGCAGACCUGAGCUCCCCCAGCCGGAUCAGGGCCUUCCUGCUCGGGCUGCCACCCUUCCAGGUGAAAUUCGAGGAGGAUCUGAACGGGACGAGGUUUGGGAAAUUUCUUCCUCCAGAAUCUAUGGCUGAAACCCAGAGGACCGAGACAGAGACAGGAGAGGGAGGAGUGGCUGUAAAGAAAGAAGUAAAGGAGGAGGUGGUGGAAAUAGAGCGAUGUGAAACUGAGAGAAGCAAGAAACUACAGAAGUCGGAUCAGCAGGAGAAAGAUCUCGCCCGCCUCUCUGGUCCCGGUCCUGCAGAGCUGAAGAGAGCCGGGCCCUCAAACACUGAGUCGCACUGUUUUUAGCAUUAUUCCCUCUGUCGAUAUUAGCAUUUUGUGAUCAGAAAACUGUCGGAUAAAUCGGGGAUUUGUCGCUUUUGGAAUGUGGAAAGUCGUAUCCACCGCGGGGCUUUGGUGUUGGUUUUGGACGCCGGAUGCUUCAGCGGUCGAGCAGGGAUGUUUCUUUGCUUCCUAUUUGAGCAACAUUUGAACUCACAACUUCUCUUUUGUUUCCCAUUUUUGUCUCCUUGUUGUUUUUCGAUCAUGUCGUCGAUUGAACUUUGCAGCGGAAUGACGACACUGAGACUCAUGACAAUCACAAAUCAGUUUCUCUUCCUUCCUCUGUCGAUUUCUGUCUCUUUUAAGGUAAAAAAAGAAACAGAGGAGUGAGACUGUGACUAUUUAACAAACACUGCCAUAACCCUCCAUAACACUAUUAACUCCACUAUUCAAUAUUACAGUGAAAUAUUGAAUAAGAUCCAUAUUACUUCAAUUAAAAAAAAAAUCAAUUCUAUCUAUGGGUGAUGCUAUGCAUCAAUACUUCAUAAUUUAGCAUCUGCGGUGUACUGUAGUUUGGUAGUUUUCAUUUUUAAAUUGUACUCUACUUCUGUGGAGAGAUAGUUAUUUUCUGAUAAAGUGUCUGGAUGUUAUCUGGAGCUCCUCAGUCUUCACAGUAUAGCUCGUUAAGUGAAGCCUUUCUAUAGUCCUGCUCGUUAGCUAAAAUUGUAUAAACUUUUCUUACACAAAUGUGCCUUAAGUGGCCUGCGAUCUGUUUCAUCGCCGGCUUCGAAUACAUUCAGUUAAAGAGAUACCUUGAUGUUGGACCGGUCUAGUUUCCCUUCACUCCUAACUUGGGCAGGGUGUCUUUGAAAUAUUGGUGUGGCUACGAUACCUGAGAUGUUGUUACCUUGAGAAAUAUAAACAUGCGUUUCCUACAAAACUUUUAACAAGAGAAGCCAAAGUCCUUCAAUUUUAAUUAAAAGGUGUAGGUUUUAAAUCAAGAAGUGUUCAAAUCUGACCAGACAUUCAAUGCCAGCUGACUCAUGUCAUACAGCACUAGUAAGAAAGUGUUAAGGUUGGAUACCCAGCCCUGCUGUUUGUGUUGUAAAGGCCGCUGUGGCCACACAGUGCCGUCGUCUCGCCUUCAUCACUGCCACUGUUGAGGUUGUUCAACGGAUAAGAAAUCGGCACAGGAGGGAGAAUUGUGUGUAGAGAUCCAACGUGAACAUGUAGCCCAAACAUUCAGACUACCUCAGGUUUUUCUUUUGAACAUUUCCACCUGCUUCAUCGGUUUCAGGGGGGUGGGGGUGGAUCUUAUCCCAUCAUGCAUUUGGAUAGACUGCAGGGUUGGAUGCUGGUCCAUGAACACAGACAGACUUAGUCGCAGUUGGUGUUUGUAAAAGUUUGGGUCAGUUCAUGGAAUUUGUUGACAAUAAAAUAAUAAAGUAUCACCGGAAUGAUCCUUUAAUCUGCAAUCUGUAUCUGGAUACGUAACACGGUGGGGGGGGAGGGUUAUAUGCCAGACUAUUUGUUGGCUGGGAGCAGUGACUUCCUGGAGUCCCAUAGUCCGACACAUAACCCCCUGCAAAACCUCAAAUUGAUGUUUUUACACUUCCGGUUCUGUGUGUAUUAAAAGAAGAUUGUAACAUUUUAAUCGGUGAGCUUUAGAGUGGCUGGUAGUUGUUUCUCCCCGCUUCCAGUCUUGGUGCUAAGCUACGCUAAUUUCAUAUUUAGCGUACAGAAACAAGAGUGGUCUCGAUCUUCUUAUCUAAAUCUCAACAAGAAAGCAAAUAUGAUAAUGAAUGUUGAACUAUUGCUUGAAAGCUUCAGUGUGUAACUUUUUUAAUUAAUAAAACGUCCGUUACAUUCAAGCCGUUGCCAAAUGAGUUGCUACAAAGCUAAUUAAGACUAUCAGCUCCUCACAACUCUCUCUGGAUUUCUCAGUAUGGCUAUGUUCAGAAAAUGGUGUCUUCCGGCGACUUUUGCUCGCAGAAAAAUGCGCCGACAGUUUGUUGUCAUCACUUAUUUACUUACUACGCACUAUAGCUUUAAGAAUGCGGCAUGUAUCAUUUACACCUGACGGAGAUCUGAUAUAUUCUGACUGUUAUAGAUUCUGCUGCAUUUAUAUGAAUUCUUCCUGAAGAUAUCCAGAUACAGAUCGUGUAUUAAUACCAGAUGAAAAUGAGAAAAUCAAACCUGCAGCGUUCACCAAAGAACGUGUUUCCGUUUUCCACUUUAAACCGAUCCGCUGCUUCCCCCGGCUUCUUCCUCUCCUUCAUAUAAAGUGGCGACACAAAACACGACUCCAUCUCGUGACAAAAAACUUGUGUAGCUG